UGAGGCUGAGGAUAUAUGGCGUGUGCUUAGUGUGAAGACGGCCACACACCGCAUCGAGCAAAUAUGCACACCCUGCAUAUGCUCCCAUGAUCAGUCGAACCGUUUACCUUUGAUCGCAAUUAUACAUUCAGAGAGGCAUCAAGCCCGAUCCAAGCCUGAGCCCAGUUUUCAGUCUCGAUCGGUCAGUGCCCUCCUCAGCAGCCACACACAGUGUACCCAGAAUCGGCUCGACCAAUCAGGUAUCUCUCCAAAUCUGUAAUGUCCCCUUAAGUUUGCAUAUCCUCUGUUCUGCGUGGUUGGGUUUUGUAUGCAUUCUGGCCACUACGAAAGCAGAAACCCAGUUUGAAAGGUUAAUAAUUCAUACAGUUUUGUACCAAAGGCUUACAAUUUAUACUGUUUGAUCGAAAACCACUCAAUCUUUAAUUAAUAGGAAGGAUCUUGGUAAAUUUUGAGGAGUAGCUUAGAAGUUCGUUUGGCUUUUACAGAAAUUGUAUCACAUGAAAAUGGGUUUGAGCUCAAAGCGUCGUAAACGAUGCACUGAAGAUAGAAUCAGUGAAUUGCCAGAUGCAAUUCUUUGCCACAUUCUGUCUUUCCUUUCAACAGUUGAGGCUGUGAAGACCAGUGUUUUAUCGCAUAGAUGGGAGAAUGUGUGGGCUUCUGUGCCCACUAUUGAUGUAUGUGACUAUGAUCCAAUAAAAUUCGACUGUGAUAGUUUUUCCAUGUUUCUUGAUGGUGUACUUUUUGCUCAUGACUCCUCGAAAGUUCAUCGGUUCCGUAUUCUCUGUACUAAAAUGGUGGAUCCCCUUCUGCUUGAUUAUUGGGUUAGCACUGCCAUUGGCUGUAAUGUUGUUGAACUUGAUCUUGGUAUUACUCCCAUGGGUUCUGUGUACUCGUCACUUCCACCCCAGUGUUUCGAGUUGCCAGGAAGCCUUUUCACGCUGAAAAGUUUGGAGAAAUUGAAGCUAAGCCUGCAAUCUUUUACUACUAUUACUCCUGAACCGAGUUGGUUCCCAAAUCUGAAGUUUCUCCAUGUUUCAGUCUCAUUUGCUGGUUCUCACCUGAUGGAGAACCUCUUUUCGUGCUGCCCUGUACUUGAAGAGUUGAACUUUGAUGCAGAACCUGAAGAUGAUGAUGAUUCGGUUUUUAAAAUUAACAUAUCUGCACCGAAGCUGAAAAGACUACACAUAAAUUUAUUCCUGGAUAGAUAUGAUCUACAGAUACUUGAAUAUGAGCACAAAGUUUAUAUCAAUGCCAAUGCUCCUAAUCUUGAAAAGUUCACUUUUGACGGUAAUCUUUUGGCAAUCUAUACCUCGGGCAAUGCAAAAUCCCUGAACGAAGCCAAGAUUGAUUGUGCGGAUCUGCAUGCGGUUCAAGACCUGGACUAUCACUCUGAUGCUGCUGAUAAUUUGCACAGGCUAUUCACAGGAAUUUUGAAUGUUACAGACCUGUCAGUUUCAGCUCCAAUUUUUGGGGAUCCCCAUAUUGUACAUCAGUAUCAUUUGCCUACAUUUGUUAAUCUGAAGCACUUGAAGCUACUUCUUCAAGCUUGCUGUUCUUGGCAACCAUUGAUUAGUUUUCUGAAUGCAUCGCCAAAUCUGGAAUCUCUUGUCUUGAAAAAGAAUCGUGAUUGCUUAUGUCGACACCAUUCUGAUGAAUUACAUCAUGAAUGGAAUCCACCAGAGUUUGUGCCUGCUUGUUUGGUGUCACACUUGAAAAAAAUUUGCAUACGGGGGUACAAGGGGACGCCAGAUCAGAUGGAAGUGGCAGAAUACUUGUUGAAGCAUGGUGCAGUUUUGAACAAGGUAACAGUUCAUCGGAUUACCAAAUGUAUGUCUUCAAAAAAAGAGAAGAAAUUAUGGCAGGGAUUAAAGAAGUUGCCAAGGGGUUCAAAGUCAUGUCAAAUUGCUUUUCCAUGCCUCUCUGUUACAGCAUAGCCUUUUACUUGUCUGAGAUCCAUUUCGAAGCUGUGAAAUGAAUCCUUCUUUUGUAGAUAAGACCAUGAAGUGAUUUAACUUGUGUGAUUUUAACUCUU